AUGGCCGCCACCCCGCCGUCGUCGCGGGACCCGUCGCCGCAGCCCCGGCGGCCGGCCUCCUCCGCGGGACUCGCCACCAAGCGCGGGGGCCUCCUGCUCGGCCGCUACGAGCUGGGCCGCCUGCUCGGCCACGGCACCUUCGCCAAGGUCUACCACGCCCGCCACGCCGACACCGGCGAGACCGUCGCCAUCAAGGUGCUCGACAAGGAGAAGGCCCUCCGCAACGGCCUCGUCCCGCACAUCAAGCGCGAGAUCGCCAUCCUCCGCCGCGUGCGCCACCCCAACAUCGUCCGCCUCUUCGAGGUCAUGGCCACCAAGUCCAAGAUCUACUUCGUCAUGGAGUUCGUCCGCGGCGGGGAGCUCUUCGCGCGCGUCGCCAAGGGCCGCCUCAAGGAGGACACCGCGCGGAGGUACUUCCAGCAGCUCAUCUCCGCCGUCGGCUUCUGCCACGCCAGGGGCGUCUUCCACCGCGACCUCAAGCCCGAGAACCUCCUCGUCGACGAGCGUGGCGACCUAAAGGUCUCCGAUUUCGGCCUCUCGGCGGUCGCCGAUCAGUUCCACCCCGACGGCCUCCUCCACACCUUCUGUGGCACGCCCUCCUACGUCGCACCGGAGGUGCUCGCGCGCCGCGGCUAUGACGGCGCUAAGGCGGACAUAUGGUCGUGCGGUGUCAUCCUGUUCGUGCUCAUGGCUGGCUACCUUCCUUUCCAUGACCAGAACCUCAUGGCGAUGUACCGUAAGAUUUACAGAGGGGAAUUCCGGUGUCCGAGAUGGUUUUCCAAGGAUCUUAGCAGUCUAUUGAAUCGGCUUCUUGACACCAACCCAGAGACCAGGAUCACCGUGGCUCAGAUAAUGGAGAGCAGAUGGUUUCAGAAAGGGUUCCGACCGGUCAGGUUCUACGUCGAGGAUGACCAAGUGCACAGCUUGGCAGACAGUGAGAAUGAGGUGCCGGAACUGGGGCCUAGUGAGCCGCCACCUCCACCUCCCCCGCCGCCAACACAGAAAGAGGACGACGGUGAUGAUUCUGGAUGGGAAUCAGACUCGUCCGUAGCAUCCUGCCCAGCCACAUUGUCAUCAGAGGAGAGGAGACGGCCUGUUGGAUCUCUCCCACGGCCAGUAAGUCUAAAUGCGUUUGAUAUCAUAUCGUUCUCAAGGGGAUUCAAUUUGUCGGGGUUGUUUGAGGAGCAAGGCAGUGAAGUGAGAUUUGUCUCAGCACAUCCCAUGCAAACGAUUAUAACAAAAUUGGAGGAGAUCGCGAAGGUGAAGAGCUUUGCAGUUCGGCGGAAGGACUGGCGUGUGAGCCUGGAAGGCACGAGAGAAAGCAAAAAGGGUCCAUUGACAAUCGGGGCUGAAGUAUUUGAGCUCACACCAAGCCUUGUGGUGGUGGAGGUGAGGAUGAAGGCAGGGGACAGGGAAGAAUAUGAGGAUUUUUGUGAGAGGGAGUUGAAACCUGGGAUGCAGCACCUCGUGCACCAUACAGCCUCUGUUCCAGAUAUACCUUCUGACACUGAGUAG